AUGAUUAAUAAUCUGAUGUUUACUCCAGAGCAAUUUGCGGCAAAUUACUAAAUCAAUUUUUCCAAAUUAUUAGGCAAAGGCCAUGAUAGUACUGUAUUUUUGACUAUGGACAAACAAACUAAAUAACAAUAUGCAUUAAAAUGUCUGGCUCAGACAACUGAGUAGAAUGCCAUCAACCUAUUCAACGAGAUCCAAAUCCUUCGCCACAUUCAACAUCCGCAUGUAAUCCAAAUGAUUGGAUAUUGUUCAGAUUGUUCUUGUAUGUUACUUGAAUUAAUGCCGUUCGGCUCCCUCUACAAGAUACUACUCCAAGGUCCUUUGCCCCUUGCUAUUGCAAAUGGAAUCAUUCUAUAAAUUGCAGAAGCUCUCUCUUAUCUUCACUCCAAAGGAAUUACCCAUGGUGAUAUUAAGUUAGAUAACUUACUGAUCUCUCAAGACUUCAAAGUUAAACUCUGUGACUUGGGGUUCUCUAAAAUCCAUGGAUCCACUCCCAUUCCCAAAGCUACAAUCUCAGGAAGUGAAGGAUACACAGCACCUGAAAUUUGGCAUAUUCCAUAAGAUCUCAAAAAAUGUGAUAUGUUCUCCUUGGGUGUGGUUUACUUUAUCAUGGUUACAGGACACCCUCCCUUUGAAUCAAAUAAUCCAUCAACUGAGGAUGCUUGGUGGAAGUUAAUAAAAAAUGAGGAUUGGAGCAAAUUUUGGAAAGAAUUAAAAUUAACUAUUUUACCGGAAUAUGUAAGACAUAUGAUUGAAAAAUUACUUUGUGUCAAUAUAUAACUUAGAUAUUCAGCUGAUGAAAUACUUUAAAUACUAAUUGACAAAUCUGCUACCUCGGAAUAAAUUACUGAUGAAAUUAAGAAAAGACUUAAUCAACCAAAAUGA